AUGAGCAAAAACUCUGAUUCAAACAAAGGCUCAAGUACAGCGCUCAGACGUUUGAUGGCCGAAUACCGUCAACUCAUCAAUAACCCUCCAGAAGGAAUUUCUGCAGGCCCCAUCGAUGAAGACAAUUUCUUUGAGUGGGAGUGUCUGAUCCAGGGCCCCAAGGAUACCCCAUACGAAGGCGGACUUUUUGCAGCCACAAUGACAUUCCCCAAGGAUUACCCAUUGAGUCCACCCACUCUUGUAUUUACCUCCAAGAUCUUUCAUCCCAAUAUCUACAAAGAUGGCAAGGUGUGCAUCUCCAUUCUGCACCCACCAGGCGAUGACCCAAACAUGUACGAGAGUGCAUCUGAACGUUGGACUCCUAUCCAGAGUGUUGAGAAGAUUCUAAUCAGUGUUAUGAGCAUGCUUGCGGAACCCAACGAUGAGAGCGGCGCAAACAUUGAUGCGUGUAAAGUCUGGAGAGAUAACCGUGAAGAGUUUAACCGGAUUGUGCGCCAAAACGUUAGAGAAUCACUUGGCAUGUAA